AUGCAUUGGAGCGGGACAAAUUAUGUGAUUCGUUUCCAAUGUAAACGAGAUAAUCGUCCAUUACCAUAUGAUAUGUUUGUUCAGUUCACAAAGAAGUCUCCAGAUGGAAAUGUCUACAUCGAACGUUUACAAUACGACAAAACUUUGAUGGAGGCACGGAAAUAUCUGAUCUGCAAAUUCCUCGAAAAUCGUCCAGUAGUUACGAAAAUCAGAUCCCUUGGCUUUUGGGCGCUUCCAUACGACGGAUUGAUUAUUGGUCUUCCAGAAGGUAUCAAGAUUGAUGCUCAAGUGUUUGGAACUUCUGGACACCUAUCAGAAGUUCUACAACGUGUUGAAACAAUUCUGGAGCAUCCAAACCGCCCGUUCACUCGUCUCGAAUCUGAUGGUUUGAAAUUAGGGGACGGUCAGAAUCCGAAAGUUCGAGAAGCAAGAGUUCUGGUGUUGGUCAACAACUGGCAAGUCGAUGUCGUAGCAUUGUGUCGUGAAGUACCCAACAAGCAUUUUGUGAUCACUAAUGUUGACCUGAUACAACCAGGAGGUUAUGCAACGAUCGUAGAGAACGUGAGCAACGCAGAGGGGACACUUGGGACAUGUUAUGAAUUUGCCAAGUUGAGAACAGGGAGAGAUCCGAUGACUGCUAUUGCUCAGCGUUUCGAGAACGCUAUUGUGGAGGAGACGUAG